GCCCUCCCCUGUGACCGCCCCCCAAAGAAACAAGAAACAAUGCUGGCGCUCCUUUUCUCCCCGCCGGCGGCGCCUCGGCCGUGCCUCGCGACGCUAAGGCGGCGGCGGCGAACUCCGUCCCCCGCGCUGCCUCCCGCGCCGCGCGCCUCCUCCGCCGUCCCCGGCCGCGCGGUGCCCGCCCUCCGCGCCGCGGCCGUCCCCCGCCUCGCCGCCGCGGCGCCCGGUGCCGCCGAGCCGGAGCCGGAGCCCGCGCCGCUGUCCGCCGAGGAGGAGGCCGAGCGCGCCAAGCUCGCCCAGGUUAGCAAAAGGCUAGAGAAGACAGCGCGGUAUUUCAAGAAUUUGGGCACCCUGGCAUUCUGGUCUCAGUUGGUGUGCACAACCGUUUCGGCUGGGAUCUUGUCCUUCUCCGCAGUUGCUACCGGGAAUGCAACGUCUCCCUUUACAUUCUAUGCGACCGGACUUGGCAUCGUUGCGGCCUUUAUGUCAGUGUUCCGGUCAUUUGGUUACAUCCGUCUUUCCAAAACGCUCAGGAGAACAGCAACCGAGCCUGCAAAGGCUCCUCCGCGUGCGGCUGUGGUUAAAAACCUGAGGAACAGUAUUGUACUCAACGUUGUCGGGAUGGGUGUUGCGGUCCUCGGGAUGCAGGCGACUGUUGGUGCUUUGGUAGCAAAAGCUCUCACUACCUCCUCGGUGCCCUACUACCAGGGGAUAUCCACUGGCCAGAGCCCAGUUCUUGCUCUGGAUGUUUUUCUUGUUCAGGCUUCAGCCAACACCAUCCUCUCGCAUUUUCUCGGGCUAUCGAGCUCACUGGAACUACUACGGUCCGUGACAAUCUCUCCAGCGGAUGCUGGCCCCACCCCUCAACCGGCAUGAGCUACAAACAAACACGGCAUACGACUAGGGUUCUUUUUCAUCUCUUUUGGUUCUGCAACUGUAAUCUGGCAGUAGUUUUUUUCUUUCUUCCUUUUUGUGUAGAUCUUCUCGUUUGGUAACAAGUACCAAUAUGUCCAGCUACUUUGAUUUUGCCCAUGUGCAACUAUCUACAUAUACUUGAUGAAGAAAGAGAAAUCCAUGUCUUCGAACCUCUACUUAUUACUUCAAA